CAGUGAAGCAAACAAAUGAGAUUCUAAAAUGACGAGGCAGUGACACAUAACUCCACUGAGCUAGAUCAGAACUAAGAGAGCUCAUGUGAUGCACACUCAUUAGAUUCUUCUCAGGUGGAGAGUCUUGCAAAUUACGAGUUGAAGUGGAGGAGCUGAAAAAGGAGUAGGUUGGCUACAUGAUCGAACAUUUAUGCUAAAGUCAAAUUCGAAGUCCGUGCUGCAAGCAAGACUACCGAGUCACAAGGAAUAUGCAUCUGGAGUCUGACUGAUCGUUGACUGAUUGACGGAUGAAAUCUGCAUCUGCAAAUUGACUCGGAAUCCAAAUGCAACUUUGCUGCCCACGAGGGGGAAUUGUUAAAAAGCGCCCUGAGCCAAGAGAUAAGCCGAAUCAGCUCUCACACUCAAGUCCACCUUCUCUGCCAAGUUGAAACUCCCGAAUUAUUAUAUUCGCUUUUGUUUCUCGCCUGAUCUACUCGACCAGCUCUUUAGCAUCUUCAGUGUCCCGAAGUUCGGCCCCGCCGCACUGCUCUUUGCUCAUGCCAUUACUGUGCCCCUGUUUCGUGAAGGUUGAGUUUCCUCAACGCGUCAAUGAUUUACACCCAACCGUUCGAAUCAAUGACUCCAUGCCUGUCUGCACUCAAUCAAACCGUGAACUGAUUUCUUUUUGCGGCCUUGACACUACAGCCUCCCCCAUGCGCAUUGCAACCUCUCUCUCGCCCACAUAUUUCGAAAGUACAAUAUUCUCGAGUUUUAAAGCACCGCUGAGGACUUAACUCCUCCGUGAAAAACUGCACUCGAGCUUCACUUACCUUCUUUUCCAGUUUCAUCUCAGUAGAGCCCGAGUUACUUGGAGAUUUUCCCUGUUUGAUCUGGGAGGUUUGAGGUGGUGAUGUUCAUGGGUAUGAUGAUGGCUGGGAAUAAAGAUAUCGUACCCACCAACUACACACUCAGGCAUGGACAUAUCAAUGUCAAAACUCGUGGAAGAGUACACUGCUCUAGGUGAAUUAAGAUGCUCAGCAGCAGCAGCAUUCCCAUCUUCGUCUGCUGACGGCACUUGUCGAAUUGGAAGCGGACAUGUUCUUGUUACCGAGUAGACAGGUAGCCGAGAUCAUUUCGUCCAAACGUUUGGGUUUUCCUUUCUGCUCGAUCACUCACUUCUUCUUUCAGCGUGUGGGUUUUUUUUUUAUUCUCUGUUUGUUUAGAUUUGGUGUUAGAUCUGUUGCACAGGACCGCACGCAACUUAAUAAUUUUCAUCUAAAUCUCAUGAUUUUAUGCUAUUACAGCACGGGCCAAGAUCCUAUCCUUUCAAGGAAGCCUCAAGGAAACCAUGCCCCAGAAAGUAGCUAGCCAUUCGAUUAGAAGGCAGUCCCCCCUCUUCCUGGACUCGGCCUAUUUUCGAGAUGGCAUCGUGAGGUCGAAGCAGACUGGGCCACAGGGGUAACUCGUAGGGGGCCAUUUUUCCUCGGCCGAGGCUCUAGAUGAGGCUCUAGAGAUAUUGUUGAACUCCAGUUCGCUUGGUCGAGGACAGUCUGGACGGACAAGGAGCUGUCGACACUGACUGAACCUGGCGAUUGCUUCUCAUCGAGCAUCCUCUG